AUGUCGAGCGUCAAGCGCAAGGCCAGUGGCUCUGGGCCUGGACCAGAGUCCAAGAAGCCAAAGGCAAAUGGCAACAUUGCCGCCUUCUUCGGCGCAGCACCCAAAUCGGCCCAAACCGCAGGCGCAGCAUCCUCAGCCAGGGCGCCCGCGCCUACGGCCAAGUUCGACAAGGAGAAGUGGCUCGCCAGCCUCACCUCAGAGCAAAAGACCCUUUUGAAGCUAGAAAUUGACACAAUGCACGAGAGCUGGUUAGGUCUGCUCAAGGAUGAUAUAACGACAAAGGAAUUCCUAGACUUGAAGAGGUUCCUGGACAGAGAGGCGGCUGCCGGAAAGAAGUGGUUCCCGCCCAAGGAGGACGUGUACUCAUGGUCUCGACAUACACCGUUCAACGAUGUCAAGGUAGUCAUUGUCGGCCAGGACCCAUAUCACAACGUGAACCAGGCGCACGGCAUGGCGUUUUCGGUGCGACCGCCCACGCCGGCGCCGCCAUCACUGCGAAACAUGUACAUUGCUCUCGCCAAGGACUAUCCAGCCUUUGAAAAGCCUCCCAAGAACGGGGGUCUCCUGACGCCGUGGGCGGAUCGAGGCGUGCUGAUGCUCAACACGUGCCUAACGGUGCGGGCGCACGAAGCCAACUCGCACUCGAACCGCGGGUGGGAGAAGCUCACGCAAAAAAUUAUUGACUUGAUCGCUCAGAAGCGGACGCGCGGUGUCGUCUUCGUCGCCUGGGGCACGCCUGCGGGCAAGCGCGUGAUGAAGGUGGACAAGCAGCGGCACUUGGUUCUGCAGAGCGUGCACCCGAGCCCGCUGAGCGCGUCUAGGGGCUUCUUCGACUGCGGCCACUUUCGCAAGGCCAAUGAGUGGCUGGUUGCGCGGUACGGCAGCGAGGGCGAGAUUGACUGGGCGCUUGUGCCGGGCAACUCGACGCUGACCGAGCCACGAGUGGUGAUCAAGACGCUGGACAAGAAGGUGAAUGGGAAGGCCGCGGCCGGCAAGGAAAAUGUGGAAGUGGAUGAUGAGAUUGGAUCGGAUGACGAGGAGGCUCUGGAAGAAGCCAUCAAAGCAGCGGAGGAACAAGCAACGAAGCCAUAG